CGGUAAAACGGCACUCCAUCGGGCGCUUUAUACGAACCAACCCGCCGCUGUUUUGUUUCCAGAUACCUCGAUCCAUCAUGGCGAUGCACGCGAAAGCGACUCCACCGCAGAUCCCGGACACCCGCCGGGAGCUCGCUGAGCUGGUGAAGAGGAAACAAGAGCUUGCUGAGACACUGGUGAAUUUGGAAAGACAAAUAUAUGCAUUUGAAGGCAGCUACCUAGAAGACACCCAGAUGUAUGGCAACAUCAUCAGAGGAUGGGACCGAUACCUCACCAACCAAAAGAACUCUAAUAGUAAGACUGAUAGGAGGAAUAGGAAAUUCAAGGAAGCAGAGCGUUUAUUCAGCAAGUCGUCUGUCACAUCAGUUGCAGCAGUGUGUGCACUUGGUGGGAUACCGGAUCACAUGAAUGAAAAGCGUGAGGCAGGCAGCGGCACAGAGAGUGACACCUCUCCAGAUCUCCAGAACCAAGAGAACGAGCCGAGUCAGGAGGACACGGAAGACGUGGACUCGACGUUGCAGGACCUAAAGCCUCAGAAGGCUGCCUCCUCUUCCUCCUCAGGCAGCCAUCACACGAGCCACAAAAAGAGGAAGAACAAAAACAGACACAGCCCUUCUGCCAUGUUUGAUUAUGACUUUGAGUUUGACAUGAAGGUGAACAAGAAACCGCGAGCUGAUUAUUCAACUUAAAAACUGGAAAACCUGGACACACAAGAGGAUACAUGUAGUGAAACAAGUUUUCUGGACUUUGUGAACUUUGUAUGCCUUUUUUUUUUUUUUUUUUUUUUGGUCAUAUUUCAGCCUGUACUGUGUAUAUUGCUUGAAACAUUCCCCCCAAGCCACCUACCUGGUUAAAAUUUUGACCUACCGAUGAAAGUAGAAAUGUUCCUGGAGGCCCAACGUGGCCACCUCCAGGUAACACACCAUCUUGUAUAGUGUUAAAAGAAGACUGUAUUUAUUAUGUAGCUAAUUUUGAUGUUUCCCAUUGUAAGAAAGUUUUGCUUUUUGUUAAACGUCACAUGCGUAUAACCCUUGAAUUCCCUGGAUUCUUUUAUUACAUGGUUUGUUUUGCAAAAAAAUAAUAAAAUACCAGUACCGUGAA